AUGAUUACUGAAUCGCUUGAUAAGUCGCAUGAAAUAUAUGAAGAUGUAUUAUCUCUGGUUUCUCAAGGACUUCAAUCUAAAGUUGAUAUUACAAAGGUUCUUGAAUGCUUGGCUGUGGUUACGUUCUUUGGUGCUAACAAUUCGUACGAGACGGAACAAGCAAUGCAAUUGUUAUGGGAGUUCAUUCUCCCUCCUGCAUGUGCUUCGAGUAAGAAAAAAGAACAUUCACCGACUCUUCUAUCUGCUGCUAUAUCUGCAUGGUCUUUUCUCCUCACUUCUAUUGACGGAUGGAGACUGAGUUACAAGAUUUGGAAAGGGGCAAUUUCAUGCCUCUCUAACUUACUAGAUAACGAGGACGAAACAGUUUGCGCAGCGGCUCAUGAGGCUCUGACUUUAAUUUUCGAGACCAACUGUCUCGAAAAAUUCUCGACUGGAUCUGAUGACUCGGGAAAGUUGUCUGCAGUCGUAAUUUCCAUUCAAAACUGUCAAAAUUAUUGUGAUGAGAUCAUAGGUGGCUGGAAUCCCAAGUUGUCCACAUGGUCUCAGAUAAUACAGAUGAAGUUUAUAAAACAAUUUCUAGGCGAAGAUGGAUUCGUUAAACAUAUGACGAAAAAUCGAAACUUUCAUGAUAUCUUCGAGUUUAGUCCGGAAACGAAGAGCACUUGCACCAAUAUGCUACAUGUCUUCGAAAGAGAAGAGGUACAAGUUCGUUUUUAUUGUGAUUCGAAUCCCAUACAAGAGGAUUGCUCUCUUUUACCAUUCAUAAGUAAAAAGAACAAGAAAGUACAGAAGAGAUUCGAUAUGUCUAGCAAUUCACCUUUGACCAAGGCAAAGACAGUCUUAUUGAAGAAGAAACGAGCUAUUCGAGAGGCACAAAAAGAUUUCUUCAUCGCCAUGGAUUAA